GUGGCUCCUGCAGUACCCCUGCCCGCUUCCCGCCCCGCCUCCUGUGUUCCGACCCGUAGUGCCCAGCGCGGAUUCUGGCCGCGCCCCUUCCCGACCCCAUGACCUUGAGCGAGGUCCUCUCCCAAGCUGGACUCGUGUGUUCUCAGGUGUGAAACGGAGGAGUAUGUACAGUUCCUCGUCCCUGGGUUGAGGGAACUAGAAAGGGUCCGUGGGUGUUGUGUGUCCCCGGUGUCCAGCAGGGUCCUGGGAGCAUCGCUCUGGGACCUCUCCUCGGAGAUGUCUCCUGAGCCUGUGUUGGUCUUGGCUCAGCCCAGCGGGAGUCUCACCUCUGCGCCUUCCUGGCCUCUAGCCGCUAAAGCUAAGGGCUGGGGUGGAGGAGCCGCAGGAGUGGUUUUUUUUGGAAUUGCUGCCGUGCUAGGGCAGAAAAGUUGGAAGGGCAGGCUGGGAGCCAGGAAGGCCAGGCAGUUUUAUCUUUCCGUUUACAGCAAAUGGAGCUGGCUUUCCCCUGACAGUAGUGAAUCUGUUUUCACUCAGUUUAAGACACUCAGUUAGAUUUGAAAAGUGAGUCCAUUCAAAUGGCCGGUGAUGAUAGUGUGCAGUAGCGUGUGCCAUUGGACACAAACGCCCAAGGGGAUCCAGGUGAGUCUCCAGCAGUCAGCCCUGUAACCUCUUCAUAGCCUUGAUCAUGGUCAGCGCUUGUCUCACUCCCAUCCACGGGGCAUGCGUUGGUGGUAUAGUGGUGAGCAUAGCUGCCUUCCAUCCACGGGGCACCCUCCCUCACUUUAUUUCAGACACACUCCAGUGUGCCAUCCUGAAAGAUGCCUUCCGUGUUGCCCCACGUAAAGUGGACUACAGUCUUUUUAGUCUCCUUGCUCUAUUUUCUUGUCUUUAGAUUCUUUAGGGCCCUCUGACAUUGUCUUGCUGAUUUUAGUUGCUUAUUUAGGAUGUGUUUCCAGCCCUGGAUCCUGAGCGCCUGUUGCUGCCCUAUGCCAAGACCUAGAACGGCCUGGGCUUGUAAAAGGUACUCAAUAAAUGGUUGAAUGAGUGAAUGGGUCUCCCCUCAGGGGCUCCCAUCAUACUUAUAUCAAAUGCACGCAGCCCCCUCUGUGGCCCUCAGGGCUCUGUUCCAUCUGUCCUGAGACUUACCUCAGUGCUCCCCUUCGGAUCUUCCCGUGCUCACUGCACCCAGCUGGGUGGUACUGAACUUGCCAAAGUCCUUCCCAUAUUGCAGCCAUUGCCCUUGCACUUUCCUUUGUCCCAGGCCUGAUGUCCCCUGCAGGGCUGUGCCCUGUACUCUGUACUCCUGUCCCCACGUCCCUGCAGGGCUGUGCCCUGUACUCUGUACUCCUGUGCAUCCGUGUCACCACUUAGAAUAGCCUUUUUUAAGGUGCCUGUUUUCUGGUAAUGCUGUCAUCUUUUACUGGGUGUUCAGAUCCUUUCUCUGCUCCUUAAAAGUGAGACUGUGGGAAACUUCAUAGAGCUUCCUGAGCCUCCGGCUGCUGGAGGUAACGGUGGCAUUCACCUCGUGGGCUGUGGGAGGGUUAGUAAAAGUCACAAAAUACAUUGAACACAUUCCAGGCCAGGCACUCCACUGUUUGCCAUGUGAACAUUUUCUCUUUACUUCUCAGAACUGCCUGGUGAAGUGGGAACGGUUAAUUGUACUGAUGUGGAAGUCAAGGCUUAGAGAAAUGAUGGGAUGUCCGCCCCAUGGUCACAGCUGGUCUUGGUGACCUUCAAGGAUGUGGCUGUGACCUUCACCCAGGAAGAGUGGGGACAUCUGGACCUGGACCAGAGGGCCCUGUACCAGGAGGUGAUGCUGGAGACCUGCAGGCUUCUGGUCUCAUUGGGGCAUCCAGUUCCCAAAGCAGAGUUUGCCCACCUGCUGGAGCAUGGGCAGGAGCUGUGGACAGGAAAGGGAGGCCUCUCCCGUAGCACCUGCUCAGGUGAUAGCGUGAGACUUCAGACCAGGGACCCAAGCACUCCUCAGCCGGUUUUGUCUGAGGGAGCCUUGCUCCAGGGAAGCCUGACUCAGGGAUCUUCAAAGGACUCCAGGUGGGCGCAUGCCAAGGAUUGGGAAGGGCUUGUGGAAAUGCAGAAAGGUCAGUUGAAGCCUGGGACAGAUGCUCAAAAAGAGACCCAUCUUGGGAGAAUGAGCCUUGAAGAUGACGGUUUGGGGACAGAGGAUAAUCUGCACUCCAGGGUGUUACAGGAAAGAGUGUCUCAGGGACAUGUUCUCCGUGAAUGUGACCCACAGGGACGCAGUAAAGGCCGUAUGAUUCAUGCCGGGAAUAUUCUCUACAAAUGCAAGCAGUGUGGGAAGGGUUUUAACCGGAAGUGGUACCUCGUUCGACAUCAGCGGGUUCACACUGGAAUGAAGCCCUAUGAAUGCAAUGCAUGUGGGAAAGCCUUUAGCCAGAGCUCAACCCUUAUUCGCCACUACCUCAUUCAUACCGGGGAGAAACCAUACAAGUGCGUGGAGUGCGGGAAAGCCUUCAAACGCAGGUCCUACCUCAUGCAGCACCAUCCAAUUCACACUGGGGAGAAGCCCUACGAGUGCAGCCAGUGUCGAAAGGCCUUCACCCACCGCUCUACUUUUAUUCGGCAUAACAGGACCCACACUGGAGAAAAACCCUUUGAGUGCAAAGAAUGUGAGAAAUCCUUCAGCAACAGAGCACACCUGAUUCAGCACUACAUCAUCCACACGGGAGAAAAGCCCUACGAUUGCAUGGAGUGUGGGAAGGCCUUCAGAUGCAGCUCGGAACUCACGCAGCACCAGCGGAUUCACACUGGGGAGAAGCCCUAUGAGUGUGCCCAGUGUGGGAAAGCCUUUCACCGGAGCACGUACCUCCUUCAGCACUCUGUCAUCCACACAGGGGAGACGCCGUACAAGUGCCUCGAGUGUGGGAAGGCCUUCAAACGCAGGUCACACCUCCUGCAGCACCAGCGGGUUCAUACUUGAGAGAAGCGCUCUUGGUGCCGUGAAUGUAGAAAGGCCUUCGCCUGCUGCUCCUCUUCUGUCCGUCAUGAGGGGAGCACAGUGGAGGAAACAAAAACAAAACAAAAACCCUCUCAGUAUAAAGAAUGUCAGAGAGGUUGUUUUUGGGUCUUCAGGCACAUGAGUAGUCAUACUGGAAAGGACUCCUGUGAUGCAGUGAACAUGAGAAAGCCUCCAGCCACUGCUCUCCGCCCACUCAUCAUGGGGUUCACACCGGAGAGAAUUUCGAGAAGGCAGGUCACCCAUGGGUCCACCUCUGUUAGCGUCAGAGAAAGCCUCAGGUAAACACAUUCUGAACACAACUACUGAGGAGUCUUUAGCCAGAAGAAGAUACUUACUUACCAUCUGAGAAUGUGUAACAAACAGGAACCACAUCCUUGUCAUUACUGUGAGAAAACCUGUGACAGGUCAGCACUUAAGAGUCAGAUGGAAUGGGACACAGCAUAGGCCUUACUGUGAGAAGGAUGUGGGAGACAGGCAGUGGGUACUGUGCACUUAAAAAGACCUCCGACCACAGAUCUUCCCCUUGGUUGAUGCUUGGAAAGCCAUCUCAGCAUUAUUUUUUAAAAGAAGAAGGAAAAGGGGAUGGAAAUCUAGACUAUAAAUGGAAAAAACAAAUGUCUUCACAAACUGUCAGAUUUCCCUGCCAAACCUCUUACAGUUUUUCAUCAGUUUUAUUAUUUUGGUGGGGGAAUGUUGGAGAGAAAGGGUCUUAGCCCUUCAUUUUUAUGUGUAUUUAUGGCUCUUCUGUGUCAGGAAGCUUGGAUCGUGAGGACAACUCUAUAGACAUUUGCUGGAAGCCUUGCUGCACACAUCUCUACCCACAAGGAGCAUAAUUCUUUGUGAGAAAUGUCAAGUCUGAGUCAUGAGGUACUUGAACUUAGAAGGAGGUAGAAUUUUGAAAGUAACAUCACCUGCCACUUGCCUCUGAUGUCUGAGAGCAGGGUCCGCAUACAACAGCCGCAUUAAAACAUGCUCCCUUGGGACUGCUUAAGGCUUUGGUAUUUAUAAGUAAAACUCCUGUUUCUAUGGUUUUUAAAUGCCCAAUGUUCUCUCUCCCUAUUUCUUGAUUCCAUUCUGCUCUUCUGUUUCCUUCAUUUGCCCCUGACAAAUGUGGAUGUGGACUUCUCAGCCAGGGCCUAAUUCCUUUGUGGUGUUGGGGUUUCACAGGUUAAUCCUGUGGGGAGGACUAUGUAUUCCCCAGGCCCUCUCCACAGCCUUCUGGGGCUCACAUUAUUGCUAAAAUCAGUGAAAUGAAACACUCAGCUGAGGCAAAGUCAUGAUAUGCCCAGAAAAAUAGUAUUCUCGUUGUCUGAUCUUAUAAAUGUGAAGUCUGGUUUCAAAUAAAGUGUCAGGGAUUUGAAGAGGAGACUCCAGUUGUGUACAUGCAGGGGUUGGGUUUGUGUGGGCUUCACAGUUGCCACCAUGGACUUCUGUUCCCUGGGUGCCAGCAUUGGAGGUGGUCAUUUGAAAUUCAUUCUGUGGACUGUCCUUCAACACUAGUUUUCAAGAUAUACAAGGUAAUCAAUGUUAAUGGGUUAAAAAUGUACAGAAAAAUAUAAAGUGAUCAUUUCCUCACUUGGAGCCUUCCUCACAUCGUUUUAAAAGACUACAUACACAGUUCACAUGUUCAUAGUGGGCAUGCGCCUAUUUUGUGGCACACAUAGUAUGACUGCCUUCUUGGUGAGUUCGUAAGAGUUUUUGUUUGGAUAGUGUGCGUGGUUUUUUGUUCUUUGGAAAGGACAUUUGACUCAAAGACCCCUGCCCUCUUCUGUCCUCUCUCUGGAGGAUGGUGUGUGUUGUAGCUGUGGUUGUACUUGUGGCUGAGCCUUACUUCAAGAGAGUUGGAGAAACCCCUCUGGAAACAUCAUGGUUUUUAUCAAAGGUUCUUUGCAUGCCUGGAAUGCUGACCCCAGUUUGUUCCAAAGCAGGAGUGAUGCAUUUUCCACUAGAUGGACAUCUGAGGAUUUGUUCCCUCAACUCCAAGGUCUUCCCAUAUAGUCUUAACACGUUAGUGCCAGGACCUACUAUAUACUUGCUUCUGGCUUGGCAGGGGUCUCCUGAGACCUCCAUCCUUCCUCCACAUGACCACUUCUGUGUUCUGGGCACACUGAGGAGUGGGGUGCCUGGGUGACUGAGGUGGCAGUCCUGUCCUUGAGCACAGAGGGACCUUGAUGCCUAGGGUAGGUGAGCAGAGUACACUGGAAUCUAAAAAGAGAAGGAAGUUGAGCACAUGGCUUUGCUGGAUUCUUAAUCACCUUGAAAAUUUUGUCUCCAAAACAGGAUUCUUCUCCAUUCGUGAGUGCACUCAGGAUACUCAACUUGAAGGGAGAGUGGUAGUGACUUAGUAAAGUUAGGAUAAGCAGCAGAGUGGAUUCUUAUAAAUGGCUAAGAAAGUGAAGGUGACAUUUAGUGCUCCAAGAAAUCAUUUAUUGUAUAUCUUAUGAGUGUCUUGGACUCUUAGAUAUAUGAGUUUCACAAAACUGCCGCUUGCAGACGGCGCACGGGAGAAGAAUGAGGCACAAACAAGUCAGCUGCAAGAGAAAGGGCGCAGGGGACGACAGCAGAAAAGACUGUUGCCCCAGAACAACAACAACUCAGUCCCGUUUUUAUUAGGUAUAGCCAGUAAUCAACAGAAGGGCCGAAGAAGGCCACACAUUAAUCGUAAGCCUUGUAGAUAAACAAGAAGGAAGGCAAAAUACGUCUGGUCAAGCAGUAUAAAGUUUAUAGUUGAGCAGCACAUUCAAAGAGCUCAUCAAAUUAGCCACGGGUGCUCUCCGGGGAAGGGGAGGUACGGGAGAAUGAAGCAGGCGGCAUUCUGGCCUGAGUGGCCCGGGCGUCCCCCGCUGCUCGGCUUCAAAGCUGUAUAUGGUCCCUUCCCCCAGAGGCCUGUUGCCAGUAUAUGUUUUUCUUAAGGCUGCAUCUAAACGUGCUUGGUAACUAAUUUCUCAUGGGUUAUAUUUUAAGUAAUACAUUGUUCUGAGGGACAGUUACACAAAACAAUUUUGCCCUCAUGGAACCUACUUUCUGGGUGAGGAAACAGCAAUGUUCCUAACUCCCAAAGCAUGUGAGAAGGGGAUGGGUUCUGUGGAAAAGAGGAGAGCAGGACGGCAGUGAAGAAAAAGGGAGGGAGGAGUCCUGACAUUAGGAUGUUCGCAUUAGGGCUGGUAUGUAUGAUGCAUUCUGGCAUGUAUUUUAGAUGGUGAAAGAACAAUGUAUUUCUUCCUUUCUAAUGUGUAUGUAUGUUUUUCCUGGCCGUACAGCAUGAGGUAGUUUCUGUGGAGUAAUGCUGAAGGCCAAGUGAUCCCAAUUAUUUUUCUUUUGUCUCUGAUCUUAGGUGAAAUAUUAACAUCAUACAUAUGGCGUGUGUUGUAGAAUAUUUUCAAUGUUUAAAACGGAAAACCCAUUCUACACUUAAAAAAAAAAGCUAAAAAUGGGUGAAUUAGCAUCAAAUGAUAUCUUUUGCGUCAUCUGAUUAUGAUACAUACAUUUUGUAUG